AAGCGAUGGUCUUAAAUAUUUUCGUCCAGGUUGUACGACAAGUAACAUCGCUAUCAUUUUCACUAUUGACUACACAUUUGGUAAGUAAAAUUGAUUUAACUAUCUUCUGAAACAUUAUAAAAACAAAAAAAUAAUUACAAUUAAAUAUUGCAAAUAAACAUAAAGCGUAUAUUAUUGUAUAUACGAGUAUAUAAUAAGUAUUCAAUUAUUAUUGAUAAUUUUACCAUUUUUACUUUAAUUUUCUUUAAAAAAUGUAUUAAUAUUAUGAAUAAUAAUAUUAUAAAGUAUGGUGCAAAUUGGUUUUGUUUCCAUUCAAUAAUAAACAUAAAUUUAUUACAAUAAAAAAAAAACGGAUUUUUUUUAUUGCAAUCUAUAAUUUGUUAAACUAAACUAUAGAUUAUACACCCCCGAUGUAUGUCCCUCGAAAGCAUAUACAAAUUAAAUAAAACACUUUCACAACUAAAUUGCCUUUCUUUUUAUGAAUAUCUUCCAAUAGCAAAAAAUUAAAUUCUCACCUUUAAAAGAAUAUUUGUGUUAGUGUAGGUACAUACAUUGCAGAAUAAAUUAUUUUAAACGUAUUUUUAAAUUCUUCUUGAAUGUCCGAUACACGCUACAUACGCGGUAAUGGAUUACAUACACACUUCAAAUUAUAUGAAUGUGUUAAAUUACUUUCAGGUUUGGAGGUUUCAAUUUAAAAAUGAAAUUUUUAUUUUGUAUGCUAUGGUGUGUUGUUUUUUGGUGGAAUUCACCAGCAAGUUGUAUAAAAAAACACAAUAUUGGCUUAGGAGUACCUAACAUAAUUGAAACAAGUAAUACAACUAUCGAGGACAAAUGGUUUGUACAGAUUCUAGAUCAUUUCAAUCCAACAGAUAAUAGAACAUGGGAACAGGUACUAAUAGUUGUAUAUACUCGUAGUAUAUAAUAUGGGUGUCUAUUUAUCGACAUUUUACAAAUUCAGAAAUUAUAUUAAUUUUUUUUUAGAGAUAUCAAGUAAAUCAGGAAUAUUAUAAGGAGGGUGGUCCGGUGUUUUUGAUGAUAGGAGGAGAAGGUCCAAUUUCAAAGAGAUGGAUGGUUGACGGUAGUUGGAUUGAGUAUGCACAAGAAUUUAAUGCAUUAAGUUUUCAAUUAGAACAUCGGUAUUAUGGUUCUAGUAUUCCCACCGAGUAAGAAUAAUAUUAAUAGUAAAAUUUAGUAUAAUAAUCAUUGAUGCAAAAUAACCGCCUUUACUUAAACUAUAUGUCUAAUAUCGCAAUAGGAUUUCUGAGGUGUUCUAUAUAAUUAUUUAACACAUUAAAAUUAAUUGUUAUCAUUUAAACUUAAUGUAAGGAAAAAUGUAGUGUCUUUUAUUCAAAUAUUUCACUUUAUAAUUAUUUAAAUCUAAUAGUGUAUAAUAAUUGUAUAUGUUUAUAGGUAUUCAUGUACAAAAUAACCUAAUGUUUCAGAAACAUCACUACCGAUAAUUUAGUAUAUUUGAGUAGUGAACAAGCGUUAGCAGAUUUGGCAAGAUUCAUAAUCAAUAUUCAAUCGGAAUAUGAAAUCCCAUCUACAACUAAAUGGGUUGCAUUUGGUGGGUCUUACGCGGGGUCCUUAGCUGCCUGGUUAAGACUGAAAUACCCACAUCUCGUACAUAUAGCUGUAUCUUCAAGUGGCCCGUUGUUAGCAAAAAUAGACUUUCAAGGUGUGUUGAACUAUCAUGUUAAAAUAAUACGUCUAGGUACUAUACAAAAUAGGAAGGAAAGUUUAAAUAUUGUAUAACAUUAUAUUUAGAAAUUCGGAAUUUUUUGAACUCCUAUGUAUAUAUCAAUAUAUGUAUACAUGUAAUAUACAACAUAUAGGUAACUAAUAACUGUUAGGUUUGUAAAAUAAAUUGUAUAUAAUUAUUGAAUAAUGAAUAAAUCUAAAAGUUUUUCAAUGGCGAAUUCGGAUUAUUUUAAAAUUGAUAUUUAUACGAAUAUAAGUAAGCUAUGAAAGUAUUCAUCCUGGUUGCGUCACUUCAACACGCGUAAUCUUAAAUUUAAUGGGUACAUAGGGUUAUAAAUUAAUUCCAAUUUACUCCGGAUUAUUGUUCGUUGAAAAAAUAUAACGCAGUUUUUAUUUCCACAGAAUAUUUCAAGGUCGUCGAAAAUUCUUUAUCGACUUAUAAACACGAAUGCGUAACAAAAAUAAAACGAGCUAAUGAAAUAAUCAACGUUCUUCUCAAAACACAUUUUGGAACAAAUUUGGUUGCCAAAAAGUUCAAGUAAUAUUUAAAAUGUUUAAAUUAAUAAUAAUAUUCUACGAUCUUCCGCUAUUUACCUGCACUCCUUUCCAGUUUCGUUGAAUUUGGGGUACGGAUAACUUUUUUGGUAGUGGUGGAUGGUGCUCGCAGUAGUGAGAAAUAUACAUAAUAGUAUGAGUUGUAAUAUUUGUAGCAAAUAUAACUAUAAAAAAUAGUACAAUGAAUCAAGUAAUAUAGUCUGUUUCAAUUUACAGAGUUUCUCAAUUCGAAUUUUAGACAAAACAGAAAGACUGUUAUAAUAAACUAUCGCGAUCGUCAACUUUUCUAUAUAUUUAUGAAAAUAGAAAUUAGCUCUAAUAACUUAGGUUUAAAUCCACUAAAAGAACUUUGGUAAAUUUCGAUUCCAUACAUUGCCACGCUCAAUGAAAAAUUGUAGACGAGCUAUCUUAGCCCAUCAAUAUCAAUGCUCAUUUUUGCAAAACAUAUGCAAAAUGUUAAAAUAAUAUUAUGUUCCUACACUUAGAUAAUACACACUGGAUAGAGCUUCAGCAUAGUAGUCUGUGCUUAAAGCAAACCUGUUUGACCCCGAUGUAUUUAUUUCGCAUGCGUCAGAAACGAAAUAGAUAGCGCGGGACAGAGUAGGAAUCACAAUCAUUGUUUGUACUAGAAAUUAAGAUAUACCUAAAUAAUAUAUUACCAUAUAUCUUAAUUCGUGGUUUAUACAUGUGUAGUGGUAACUUAAAUGUGGUUAUACACAUUAUACUCUAUGUUGUAUAUACCUAUUACCACAAACACUUUGUUUCGCGCAUGUGCAGUGAUGACAUUGAGGCCUAGUUGCCUAGAUUUUAAGUCAUAGCUCUAUCCAGCGUGUAUUAUCUAAGUUUCUACACUACGUCAUAUGGAUUACAAAAAUUCUACACUAAUGCACUAAUCUGUUUUUAUAUCAAUACUCACAUGCAAACGUCAUCAAUUCCCGUAUUGUAACGUGUUUCAAACAAAUCAAACUUGAUAACAUGAGUUAUGGUUUUUCUCUCUUGUGAUCUUUACUUUCUUGAUUUAUACAAUUUGUUGUGAGUGUAAAAUAUUAUUUUAAAUCAUCGGAGAUGAAACUUAAAAUUAUUAUAAUGUAUAUAUGAAGUAUUUCAGUAAUUCUUAACACAUUGUGCGGUAGUUAUACUUAAAUUUAUUUUAGUAGGUACCUAGGUACUUUGGUUAUAAAAAUUAAUUUUUCUUACAAGCUCAAACAAAAGAUUGUUUCCAAAUUCAACAAAAAAAAAUUAGUUUAGGGCAAAAAAUCUAAUUAGUUUUGUAAAAAAAAAAAAACUGGGCAUUGAAGGGUUAAUGUCUUAAUAAAUCGCCCGUUUAUAUUUUUUCGGGAAAAGCUUUAUUUACUAGCACUAGUUCUUAUAUCCGCCUGCCCUACUUCUUCUAUCCGCCACUCGUCUCCCAUCACUUAUGAUUUUGCUUCUUACCAGUGACGAAUUCUCCGGGCAUGCUUAAGAAUAACAACAUAACAGCGGCAUGUUCAGCAUUUUUCUAUUGAACCAGGAGGGGGGAGGUGAGGGAUGAACUAUAUUUUAUAUUGUUGAUAGUCAUAUACACAAAUUUACAAAAUGUACUUAUCGGUAGGUACAUGAAUUGAUAUUUUAGUAGUAGGUAGUGAAGUACAAAUUAAAAUGUUAAUAUAUAUAUAUACUGUAUACACAAUAUACAUACCUAAUUUAUUUAGCUGGUAGCUUAAAAUAUAUAAGUUUGUUAUUCUGAUCUUUUAGACUAUGCCAACCCUUAAACAAAUCCAACAAAAAAGAUGUAGCGAAUUUAUUUGAAUCAUUAGCGGACAACUUUGCAGACAUUGUGCAGUACAACAAAGACAAUAGGCACUAUUACAAUUAUGAACGAUCUUUAGUAACGAUAGAGACUUUAUGUGAUAUUAUGCUCGAUAAAUCGAUACCAGAUUCAGUAAGUGUGCAAUUGCAUGACUAUUAAACAAUGUUUUACAUUUAUUACAAUCAAUUAUAAUACAUUAUGUACACACCUAUCACCUACCUAUCGUAUCUACCUGUUAGGUAAACACUCUGCUUCAAAGAUAAAUUUUUUAGUGAGAAAUUUUAUUUUAAAUUAAUCAGUUUGAAUUAAAGUCAGAAUUAAAUAAUUCAAUUAAAUUAAAACAUUUCUCUCUUUCCUUCAUAACCAAUAAAACCAUUAACAUAAUCAGUAUUUUGUGUACUUAUAUAUUAUUUAGUGUUAUAAUUUUAAUUUUUGUUAAUGUUGAUUUUUAUUUUCUAGCUUGAUAGAUAUGCAGCUGUCAACAGUAAAAUGCUAUCCAUCUAUGGUUUAAAUUGCUUAGAUCAUGUUUACGAUAACAUGAUUGAAUUUUAUCAAGAAACAUCAUGGGAUAGUGAUGCUGCCGAAUCCGGUAGUACGUUUAAGUUAUAAACUUUAAUAACCAUUACUAAUAUAAUAAAAAAAAAACUAUAACUAUACUCUAUCCCAGUGUCCCAUGCAUUCAAAUGUCAUCACCGACAACGGUAAGUAUACGCAGAGCAAACCAAUUUUCGAUAUCGCACGGUAUGCUCUCACGUGGGACAGGGUAUAUAUCAAAAUUAAACACUACCAGCUCAUAAAUAAUAUGUUAAAAAAAAUCACACAGUGUAUAAUUAGUUUUAUUUCAUAACUACUUAGUUUCGGUUUACGCUAUCAUCAGGUCGCUGAUAAACAAUGUAAUUAAAUGGUGUACAUAAAAAGGAACAGUAUACAUUUUUAAAAUUAAAAUAAACAAUACCGUUAUACCGUAAUACCGUUAUAAUAUAACAAGUGUAUACAUAUUUUUUUAGAACUUUAUUAUUCUAGGACGUCUUUUUUUUAAUCUAAUUUCAGAUGUAUGUUCUUUGAAUCUGAUUUUAAAGUUUCUAUCUGUUUUACCUACAUAUAUUUUAUUACGUUCACAUUGUAAUUUGUAAAUACCUGGUUUAUCAAAUUUAUUUACUGAUUUAUCAUUAUAUACGUUGAUAUUUUAUUGUUUGGUGAAUUGGUAAUAUAAUAAUAUGUUUCGAAAGCUGGUUUGUAAAUUUAGUUAUUAUUAUUGUAUUGCAAUUUAUACAGGCAGUGAGUUUGUUGGUUAGGAAACUAUUAUAUUUGGUGUUUAUGUACUUAAUGUUAUUUUUAUUUUUAUUAUUAAAAACAGAAAUAAUGAAAACAUUACCAAUAAUAAAAAUAAAAAUUACAUCAAUUACAUAAGCACCAAAUAUAAUAGUGUCCUAACCAACAUUCUCACUGCCUGUAUAAAUGAGACAACAACAAUAAUAACCAAGUAGCAUAUAUAAUUUCUGGAGCUGUGCUCCCUGUUGCAAAAUUUAUUUACGUUUUUUAUUUUUGAACAUUCAACUGCAAAUAUUUUCUUCGAACAGCCACGACUGGUACAAGUUGAUUGUUGUAACAUGGUUUCAAUUUCUUCAAAUACAUUUAAGUAUAAUGCUAGCCAAUAUUUGUUUACUAAUUUAAAUUUCACUAAACUCCUUUCUGCACUACUCUACUUUGUAUAAAGGGUGGUAACAACACAUUUAAUUCCUUUUUUGAGUGAAACUUCAAAAUCCUUCGGCAUUGUAGCCCAUUUGUCACCAAUUAUUUCACAGACAUAUGAAAAAAAUUACUUCACAACUUUCAAUCGAAUUUGUACCUAAUUUAUUUGUUUUUAUCUCAAAAUUUUGAAAAUGUUUCGAUUUUUCAAUAAUAUAUUAUUAUCAAAACAAGGUAAUAUAUUGGUUAAAGUAUAUAUUAAAGUUAAAUAUUUUUCGUUGUUUGGUUUCAUUGUAAAUUCAAUUUUUUGUUUUGUUUUGUAUGUAUAAAUACAACGGUUUUCAAAUAUAAAUAUUUCCAAGAUAAUAUAAGCUGCAACAUGGCUCAGCCAAAUUGUAUAAUAUCGUUAAAACAACAAGUAAAGCUAAUGACAAACACUAAUUUCAAACCUCAACUAUCUUCUACUUUUUUUCGUAUCCAUUUUUUAUAUAAAUUAAUAUAUUUUCCAAUAUUUCUAUACAAAUUAUAUCAAUUAUACAGCUAAAACUUAACUACUUAACAGCGCGAGCCAAUUAAUAAAUAUUCACUCAAACAGUUUAGCUUGUUAUUAAAAAUCUUAUGAUAUUGAAUACACACAUAGAGCGAAGCAGAGAUUUAAAAAUUAAUUUUAUCUAAUCAGCCACUAAAAGUCAACAAAUUAAAUGUAGAUUUAUACUCAAUUAGUGACUUCUAAAAUCUAAUUUUUGUCCCCCUAGAUAAAAUUUCUGAAACACUGUGGCCACUGGUAUAUAUAGGUAAAUAAACAUAAUGAAAACAGUAUAAAAAUAAGCCAAAAUACUUUGCACCAUAGGCGUGCUACUGUUGUACAUUGGAAAUUGGUAAGAUAGGUUCAGUAUUUAAACCACAGUGACCACAGAUUUUAUAUUUUUAUAGUACUAUAAGCACAACUUAUAAUGAACUUUGUGUCAAAUUUUUGACAAAUUAAAACAAUUUUAUCCUCACAUAAUAAUGUUACUAUAAAACUAAUAUAUUUUAGAUAGCUAGAUAGUUUUAGUUUCAGUUUGAAUUGUUUUUGUAUGAACACAUCACUCUUAAAUUUUUGAGCUUAAGCCUAUGAAAUAAAUCAGUUAAUUUAAUAAAUAAAUAAAACCUAAAAAUAUUAUAUAUAUAUUUUUUUUUUUCAAGUAGGUAACUAGGUACAUCAUUAUUAUUGUUAUUAUUAUUUUUUUUUUUGUUAUAGGUCGACAAUGGAUAUAUCAAACUUGCACAGAGUUUGGUUUUUAUCAAACUUCCAGUCAAGAUAAUCAUGUAUUCGGUCAUAAUUUCCCAGUUGAAUUUUUCAUUGAUAUGUGCACAGAUAUUUUUGGAAAAUCGUAAGUUUAUCCACUAAAAUAUGUAUAUAACUUUGUAUAUACCAAUUACCUACCUUAUUUAUUAGUAUUUUAAUAUGGAUAUUAUAGUUUUAAGUAUAAGAUAAAUAUUUUAACAAAGGAAAAAUCACUUAAAAUUUUAUUUUUUAGUUAAAUUCAGAGUAGGUACCCUUAUAUGAAUAAUCAUAAAACGCAGAUUUUUUUUAAAAACACACUGCCUAUAUUUUUUGUAAUUAAUUCCUGUCUAAUUAAAAGGUUAUCAGGUUUUAAGUAGGUAUUUUGUUUAUUAAAAAUUUUAAAAAACUGUAAUUAUUUAUCAAAUAAUAGUUUACAAAAACUAACAUGUAGUUAUUUUAGUUAUUUUAGAUUCUGAGCAAAAUAAAGUGAUAAUUUGUUUGAUUUUCCUAGUAGGUAGUUAUAGGAAAAAAUGUUAUCUUUUGUUGAUUUCUGGAAUAGGUACAUUGGUAACUUUCAACUACCCUUUUAAAACAGUGGUACACAAAUCAGUAGUAGAUUUUUAAAAUGUAUUUCUCAUUUAAAUUACUUCUCUAUUAUUUUUAAAAAUAAUGUCAGCUAUCUAAUAUAAAAACAAACUUCCUCCUUAGACAAAAAUGAAAACAUAAACAAUAAACAUUUACUAAAAAAUAUAGUUGUUGGUAUAUUAGGUGCUUACUACCUACUUAUACAUUUUUGCAUUAUUCUAAACUAUUAUAUUUUUUAUUAGAUUUAAUUUGGAUCUAUUGACUAGAGCAGUUGACCGAACCAAUAUGAUUUAUGGUGAAUUGAAUAUUAAAGAAGAUCGAACUAUAUACGUACAAGGAUCUAUUGAUCCAUGGCAUGCAUUAGGUAUAACAAAAACAAGAACAAAUAACACUGUUUCAAUUUACAUUGAUGGUAAAUAUUAUUUUACAUUAUAACAUACAAAAAAAUAAUACCUAUAAAUGCUUCUCUAGGUACUUAUUAUACAUAUCUAAUACGUUAUUUUAUAUACCUAAUACGCAAACAAAAUUGAUUUUUUUUUUUUUUAGGAACAGCUCACUGUGCAAAUAUGUAUCCUUCAACUCCAACAGACCCUCCUCAGUUGACAGAAGCUCGUACAACAAUCAAAGAAUACUUGAAUGAAUGGUUAAUAGAGAGUGACUGGUAAAAUUCAUAUUAAUAUACAGCUUUUCAAAAUGUUUUAAUUUGUGAAAAAUAAAAUAAAACCACUUAUAUUU